AUGAACUCCUGCAUGAACACAAGAAAAGCUGAAGAGUACCUGCGGCUGUGCCAGGUGAAGUGCCCGGGAUUCACGGCGCAGGUGACAGCGACGAGCAGUGCGGUGAUGUGCCUGGACCUCGCGGCCAGUUUCAUGAAACAACCCGUUGACAAAAACUAUUUUGUUAAACUCUCUGGUUUGAACAAGACGACCUACCAGAGCUCCAUGAAGUCUUUGGAAUAUUUGCUAGAGGUGAACCCCAGACUGGGAAUGCGAGACUUGGCUGUGCAAUUCUGCUGCACAGAGGCAGUGAGCACCGCUUCAAAAAUACUGCAGAGGUAUGAAUCCAGCCUCUCUGAAGCACAGCAAAUGGACCUUGAUUUCUCAAAACCGCUUUUUAUAACAGCUGCACUAUUCACCGCGUGCAGGUGUUUGAAGCUAAAAGUGGACAAAACUAAAAUGUUGGCUACGUCUGGGGUGAAAAAAGCAAUAUUUGACCGGCUGUGCAAUCAGCUGGAGAAGAUGAGCCAGCAACUCAGCAAAGAUGUUCCACUGGCUGCAGAGACACCUGAAAGCUUGCAGACCAACCUGGAGCUCUGCGAGAAGGAAGAUGGAUCUGAAGACGAUGAGGAGAUGCCACGUAAACGGCCAAAGACUGAAACAAAGCAAGACUAUGAAGAAUGGAAAAAGAAAAUCCUGGAAAAUGCUGCUAAAGCACAAGAGACAAGUAGGGGUCCUGUUUCUGUAGUGCCACCCAGUAAUACCACUGCUGCUUGCUCGUGAUUUUAACACCCUCUGUUCUAACAAGAGUUCCAGUAGCACGUGAGCAAUGGCUGCCU